AGUGUAUUCACGACAAAUCGGGAACUCCGCUUCUUUCUAGAGCUCCGAAUUCCCGACCUAAAUAUCACUGAUGUAAUGAUUUGACACCGUUUUUUUCAUAGUUCCAAGUUGUCUUGAAAGCACCAUGAGCGUAGCCUAAACUAUUUAGCUAAUUCGACGUGCAGACCUCUCUUGCGCGUCAUAUGUUAUUGUAUCCGUCCGCUGCAGUCGUACUAGGAAAGAAUCCGAGCAAAACAGCAGACCCGUGUUCCAUCGAAUUGUUACUUGAGGAUCUCAGAUCGACACCCUGUCAUUCGUUUGACAAUGAAGUUCCAAUACAAAGAGGAACAUCCAUUUGAAAAGAGACGGUCUGAGGGCGAGAAAAUAAGGAAGAAGUAUCCGGACAGGGUUCCUGUAAUUGUGGAAAAAGCCCCCAAAGCAAGGAUAGGAGAUUUGGACAAGAAGAAAUACCUCGUGCCCUCCGACCUCACGGUGGGCCAGUUCUACUUCCUCAUCCGAAAACGAAUCCACCUGCGGGCAGAAGACGCCUUAUUCUUCUUUGUAAACAACGUCAUUCCACCCACUUCCGCCACCAUGGGCCUGCUAUACCAGGAGCACCAUGAAGAGGACUUUUUCCUCUACAUUGCCUACAGUGAUGAGAGUGUCUAUGGAGACAACCAUACAGAAAUUUGAACCUCCUCCCUUCCUCAACCAAGUCCCCCCCCCCAAACCACACCCUGUUUCUAAUGAAAUUCUGUAUCCAGCUCAGCAGCCUGGAGUUCCCGGAGCAAAGAUGUCAGAUGCACUUUCACUCCCCCUCCUGUUAUCCCUUUGUUUUUACCCCUUUAGUACUAUUCCAACAGUGUGAAUUUUAUUUACCUCCAGGUCUUUGAGAUAGGGUUUUCAGUUGAAUGGUCCCAUAAGCCAGUUUUCAUAGUGUUUUGAUCAUGCUCAAACCGAGAACGGAUGCCAUUUUGAAACUACUGUUAGAAUUAGGCAAUGAUACCAGUUAUUCUAAAGAUGAGGGUUAAGAAAGGAGGUAGCCUUUGGAUCUACCGUGAUUAAAUUCUGCUCCAUUUGGCAAUGAAAAAAUGUAAUGUGUUUUAUUAAUGUCGUAGUGCUGGUAAGAUACUUUGAAGACGUAGUGUAUUUGACAUCUGACUGGAGUAGAAUAGAAUUCGAACUGAACAAUCAUCCCACCCUCUCUGCUUUGUGGUUAAAAAAUAUAUUAUUUUGAUUAUUAUGAUUAUUGUACUUUAUUUUUUGAUUUCUGAGGUAUUGUAAAGCAAUUUUUGUUUCCCUUUUAAAAAGUUGGAACUCGUUAUACAGCUGCGUUACUGGCGUCUCCACUCAUGAUCAUACAUGAUAAAAUGUGACAAAAAGCGAACUCUUGUUUCCUGUCUGUUCUUAACUGUCGGUCUUUCGCCUUCAUUUUUCUGCUGUAUGUGAACAUAUUGAAAUGGUUUCCGCGACCAUCGUCUUGAGAGAGACUGAAUAAAGAACAUUUAUUUUCUUCCGUUCA